UACCAUUGCAUUAAUGGAUGCUGUGUUUUCCAAAUGCCACUUUUUUUUUCCCCUUUUUUUCUCAAGAAACUCGAAGUACUAUACACUUUGAAAGCUUACUAAGAAAAAAAAAAAAGUCUCAAGCAUGGACCUCUCAUAAUCUCCUAAUUGUCUGCCCUUUGCUAGGCUAUUUUGUCAUUUUUUGUGUUAAGGGAUCACAGUGAUCAGCAAAUUUUGCACAAGAUGACCUUUUAGUGUAGAGUGAGAUGAGUGCGAGUGCAAGCAAAUAGCAGUUUAUAUUCCUGAUUCACAACUGUGCAUGUACAAAUGCCACAAUUGUAUUUCAGUCAGUUGUUAAGAAUCUUUGUUCAGACAGCAUGCUUUCCAGUUAUAUUUGCUAAGAUUUUGCUUUUCCAAAGUAUUUUCAGGGGACCACAGUCAGAUGUGUAAAUAAAUUUGUUUCUUGUUUAUUAGUCAGUGGAAACUAUGUAAUAUUCAGUAUUCUAUGGGACUUGGCUCCCUCAGUCAGUUUCUUAAUGUGAAUUUAGAAGCCUAAGUAGGCAGUCCUGGAUUUUUUGCUUUUCAUAUUUUCCGAACCACUUGUGUAUAAACAGAAUUCAACAGGCAUUAUGUGUCUGAGGCAAAGUUGUAGUUUGAGUCUACCAACAUUUCUGGAAGUCCAAAUAUUAAGUGGUGUUUCAGUCCUUUUUACUCCUAGCUUGGACAUUUAACAAACAUGAAUAGAAGAUGUGUAGAAGGUUAUUUAGUUGGAAAGCUGAAAUUCUUUAACCUGUCCUUUCCAUUAGGACUUCACUGUGAGCUCUGUCUCACACUAAGACGUUUUAGAUUUUCUAGAUUUUAUUCAGAUGUCAGCAUUUGGAUUUCCUAAAUCCAAAAGCUUAUAAAAUUUGCUUUUAAGGAGAAAAUUUUAAUUAAAAUGGCUUUUAGGUUUUCUUCAAAGCAGAUGCUGAAUUUUAUUUUGACACAUGAACCACUUUUUAAUGUUCAGUAUAUUUACCAACAAAGAUUAUUCUUGUAAAAUUGUUUUUUGAUCAGAAAACUGCUUAAACAUAUGUAUUUAUUGUAGCAUUUAGACGUGUAAGAUUACUGGAAAAUGACAUGAGUGUGUGGGUGCUGGAAUACACCCAUUAGUGGAGUUCUUUCCGUUAUUGAGGAUCUGAUGCAGAAGAAUAAAUUAUAUAUUUUGGAGAGGAUAUUUCUUACUUCAUUCUCAGUUGUCCAGCUUGACAGCUUAGUAUAGGUAUGAUGUAGAGAAGGAUUCUUUGAAAGGGGAGUGCUCAGCCUAAUACCCAAGCCAGUAGCCGUCACUCUUCAGUACAAGGUUACAAAGCAGCAGUAGUGGUUUUAGUUAAUAUGCUAGUAGCAGCGUUUAAUAAAUAUAGCAGCUGGAGAGGGCUGAGGAAUCUCAUAACAAAGCAGUAGGAAAGAAUUACAUUAGCUUAUAAAUACUGGUCUGCAGCAGCUCUGUUCAUUUCUCCUGUGACUUGCAUAGUAAGCUUUGUCCUUGUGCUUCAGAGUGUCUCAAAUGUGAUUGUAUGCUGGCAGAUGAGCCCAGUAGCCUUUUGUAGCCUGCCUGUGUGAUACUGAAAAUACAAAGCCCCCUCCCCAAAUUAGAGAUGUGUUAAUCUGAAAAUAAUUUUUUUUUCAGUUUUUAGAGUCCCUCUGAUGAUUCAGCUGAAUAGCUUUCUACUAUUUUUUGUUUCUUCUGUUUUAAUGCUUUGCAGUACAUUACAUGAAUUCCUCAGUACCGUGACAAACUUCCCACUUUACAAUUUCAGUCUUACAGUGACACUGAUGAAUGCUUCCAAAGCUGACAUACUGAUUGCUCUUCAAAUGUUGUGUGCAAUUUUUCAAUCAUGUAAAACAGAAAAGACGGUCGUGUUUAAAAAAUGUUUCGGACCUGUUUGUGAUGGGAGGAGCUCUUGUUCUAGAAUCAGCAGCUCUUUUGCACUGGCUAGAGAGAGAAGGCUACGGACCGCUAGGGAUGACUGGAAUAUCCAUGGGAGGACAUAUGGCUUCACUGGCAGUGACAAACUGGCCUAAACCAUUGCCAUUGAUUCCCUGUCUUUCCUGGUCAACAGCCUCUGCAGUCUUUACUACGGGUGUGUUGAGCAAAGCAGUAAACUGGAGAGAGCUAGAGAAACAGUAUUUUACGGAGACUGUUUAUGAAGAAGAAAUAAUUCAAAUGCUUGAAUACUGUGGAACAGAUUCUUUCAAGAUGGGACAAGACUUUGUUAAAAACUUCCCUGACAGUGUGGACAGCCUGGUGGAUGUAGACAUGACAUCCAGAAUGUUCAACCUUAAUUCCACAAUCAAGACUGUAUCUAAAGAAGCUGUUCACAGCUUUACCACAAAUAAAAGUACUCCAAGUGCCUCAUCAGAAAGACUCUUAGUACAUGAUUCACCUAAAAUGCAGUGUAUAAAUCAAACAUUUUCAACCAGUAGCAAUAGCAAUAAAAACUUAACCAGCCCAGAAGGAUACAGGAUAAAUAAAAGAAUAAAGAGUGACACUUUACAGAGAGAAUCCUUACGGUUCAUGAAAGGAGUAAUGGAUGAAUGUACCCAUGUAGGUAAUUUCUCGGUUCCAGUUGACCCAAGUUUAAUCAUAGUAGUUCAAGCUAAGGAGGAUGCAUAUAUUCCCCGAACUGGGGUACGCAGUCUUCAAGAAAUCUGGCCUGGGUGUGAAAUCAGGUAUCUGGAUGGAGGUCAUGUCAGUGCCUACCUCUUCAAACAAGGACUCUUUAGACAAGCAAUUUAUGAUGCAUUUGACCGCUUUCUUCAGAAGUAUGCCAUGUGAAAGUGCUGGUCAUGUGUUUAAACUGAUCUCAUCUGUACUUCUGCUCACUGGAAUUCACACAUGGAAAACAAGCCUCUUGCAACAUUGAUUAGAUGGUCACUGGCUUUGUCUUAGGUAACAAUUAUCAAAAAUGGUAAAGUACCAGCGUAACUAAUUUCAACCCAGUGCUGUUCUGACACACUUACUUCAGCUUUACCUGUGAGAAAACACUGGUGGCAUUUGUUAGCACAUGAAUGGUCCAUGUACUUCACAUUUAAUCAUGUUGUGUAUUCCUUAAAUUCUGAAUAAAUGCUGAAUUGUGGAAAAUCAAUGGAAAAUAAACCGAUCUACUCAUUGAAAGAAUGUACAGUUUGCUAUAGGGCUAAGAUCUCUCCUGUAUUUAGUGUAUUUCUAGUUUGUUCCAGGUACUUUGUUUUCCUCUUGCUUCCAUGUCCCCUUGCUGUUCCUAUUGUGUUGUACUAUGGCUUUGCCAGCACUUGGCCUCCUCUUUGUCACUGAUUUUCUCUUAUGAAUUGAAAAUGAACUAUAAUAGAAAGGACAGCAUCAAACCUUGCAAAAAGAGACUUUCAAAAUUCAACUAAAAGUGAGAGACACUUUUUUAUUGAAUGUGUCCAUGAGAUUUUUCUGCCACUGUGUUAAACGGUGCUGUUUCAGAAGGAUCAUGUAGCAAUUCAUUUAUCAGUUUCACAAAACUGGAAUAAGUGAAAAUGGAGUGUGCUAAUUAUCUGUUUACAUGCAUUGAGCUGGAUAACAAACUUACAGAUUUUUUUUUUCUGUCAAAGCAGUGGCAAAAGGAGUCUGAUUCUUAGCAGUUAAAUCGACAGCAGAUUAUAUGGUGCUAUACAGACCUGUUGGAAGUAAUUCAGCAGGUCCUUUUUAAAGUGCAGUCACUGCUGAUAUGCAAAAUGCAAUUUCACUGUAUAAUGUUAAAAAUGUAUGUGAGACUAAGGAUUUUCAGAAUAGUUAGAUUAGCUCCUUAUUUUCCAACAGUUGUUUUUUUUUAAUUGGAUGGAUAAUUAAAAAAAUAAGGAUUAUGAAUGCAUUUAAGAAAAUCCAAAGUCUGUUGUUUCUGCUUUUGGGAUCAAAAAUGCCAACAAAUUACAGUAAAAUAAAAGGUUGUCGUGCAUCAGCUGUAUAUGGUAUCCAUCCACAUCUUAUUUUGUUGUGAUCUCUUGAAAUAUUAUUUUAAAGCUAUUUUGCAGAAAAACUGAAAACUCAGACCACUUCAGUAUUAACUUCAGUACAGUAAUGACCAGAGUUACCAGAAACAAACAGAAAAAAAUCCAGCCAUUUCUUGGAGUAUGUGACUUCUACACCUUUCAAGUCAAGCACUUCAUUGAUCUCCAUGGUUAGUGUAAUGGUUUUUUAAUAGGCAGAGUAUGAAGCAAACAAAGCUCAGUUUAUAUGAAUAUAUUCUUUUGAAUUUUAGUCUGGCAGACAGGACUGGGAAGAAAUCACUGUUUGCUUAAAAUCAGAUAAGUUCAGGUAAAACUGAAGUGCAACAAUUUGUAAUAACCCAGACUAUUUAUACAAAGUUCCUGAAAAUGCAGAAGUUCUAUUCUGUUGGAAGGUAAAUUACUUAUUUCAAGUUUUUUUCCAUCAUUUCUUUAGACAGUGUUGUUUUUUUAAUAUAUAACAGGGAGCAAGUGUGAAGCAACUAGCACAUUUAAAUGUAGUAGAAUACUGAAUGAUGAAAGGUUAGAAAUAAAAUAUAAGUAAGCUUACUAUUUUAAAAUUGAAGUCUUGAAUGCUAUACUGAAAGAUUUAUGGGGAAUACAUUUUACAAGCUCAUUCAUCAACUAAGAGUGUUAUACAAGACCAUUGUCUGCUGUUCCCCAACUUUUGAGAUCUCACAUUUUAAAUGUGUUUCUGUGCUUUAUGUCUUGUUUCUGUUGCAGUGAUGAGAAAGGGAGAUAACUGGUGGCAAGGGAGAGGGCUUGAAUAAAUGGAAGAGAGAAAAGACAGAUUUUGUAAGGUGGGGAGUAAGCAAGUUCUUCUCUAUGCUACAAAGUAUAACAUGCCAAAGUAAAUAUUUUCAAAGCGCACAAUACUAGGAAUUACACAACUGAUGGGAACUUGACAUCCUGAGGUUAGUGUUCUGAUGAUAUUACUAACAGGGUUUAACUUGCCAAAAGGGCAUAAUAUUCACAGAAGCAGAUUUAUGCUAAUGCAAAUCCUGUUUGUGACAGUGUCUUUUGGGAUAAGUAGUGAAAGACUUGUCUCUGACAAGAGUGAGAAGUCACACUCUGCUGUGUAACUGAAGUAAUGUUGCCCAAUAUGAAAGCCCAGUAAGAAGCAUGUAAGAAAUUUCUCAGGUUAGAAUAACAAAAAGGAAAAAAAAAAUAGCUCUGUGGUCUAAUUCUGUCAGUUAUCAGACACAGGAAGCUAUUAACUGGUCUGUGAAGGGGGGUUCUUGCAGUGCAAAUGUUUUUAACCUUUGCAAAAUUGACUUUUUAAACUAGAUUUUAAGAUUAAAUUCUAAGAAAGCAUUAGUAAUUAUUCACUUUGAUGUUAAAUGAGAGUGUGAUUUUAAUCAGCAAUUGCAUGAGAAAAAUAUUGGAAUAAAGUUCCUGCACUUAAUCCUAAGAGCAGGUAAGCCAUUCUGUAUGUCUUAAAUUUAUUGUAAAACUGGCCUUGGUAAUUUUUUUGUUUUAAUGUUUUUCAAUAAAAAUCCUAGAAAAA